GCUUUGAAUAAUGAGGGGAGAAAUGGAUACAACAUAUAGGUAUUGUGCUCUGGCAUAGUAAAAAUAAAAAAGUGGUCUAGAUUUGUCUCGUGAUAUCAACCCACCGGUUACUAUCUUGGUUAUCAUCUGUAUUCAAAACGAAAUAAAUCAUGCAAUAAAUGUGCCCAAUAAUUUUGCUAAGGGCCAUUAAAUAUAUUUUUUCUUUAACCUUCAAGUAUGACAGGCAGAGACAUAUAAUAGUAUAGACUAGAAGUCUCUGUUCACGGUAGAUCAUUAUGAGCGUUUGCGUUCAAUAUUUACAUACUAGGGUUAUCUCCCCGAAUAGCAUACUUUCAGUUUCCAGCAGAUGACGCCACUUGCUCUUCCUUACGUCAGUUGCUGUUUAUCAUACACAUGCAUUACAGUAGCUGCUUUCAGCCGGGAAAGAACAGAUGUCGGCAUGAUAAACAGAGGUUAUACAUAGAGUCUGCCAAGUUACCAAAGAGAAUGAGAGGGAGAGAAGCCAAGGAAAACUCAAGAUGGUAGGGAGAGGAACUGCCCUAUCUUCUCAGUCCUGUAUUACCAGACAUGUUGGAACAUAACACAAAAUACCUGUGCCCACGUUUGGUGGAUUACAUCAUAAUCGUGGGCAGCAGGCAUCCUAACCACAACAAUAAUGUUGCACAAACACCAGAACUUCUUCGACGCUAUCCACUGGAGGAUCACCAAGAUUUUCCUCUACCGCCUGACAUCAUUUUUUUCUGUCAACCAGAAGGAUGCAUCAGUGUAGGGCCGAAGCGUAUGAGUCUGAGAGAGACAACUUCAUUUGUAUUUACACUUACAGAAAAAGACUCUGGGUUAGUUAGAUAUGGCAUCUGUGUUAACUUUUUCCGGCCAAUAGAAAAGAAAUAUUCGGAAAAAUCGAAAGUCUGAACGUUUUUAUGGAGGAAAGCAGAUGGAAAUACAUUAGGUGUUAAUAUUGACUCUGAUGGCCGGCAGAGGUCGCCAAGAACUAGUCGUAGACUUAAAACAGCUGGGCGUGUAAGGAACAAUACUCUCACUUCAUUAUGCAUCGUCAGUCAUCAUCCCUUCUUUUCGACAUUCCGAGAAUGCAUGUUUAUACUAAGAAAACUUGUUGAUUCAUGUCAUGACCGAAGUUGUACGAAAAGAAUUGGUGGAUCCAGAGGCUCUUCAAGAGACACAGUAUGGGGAGUGCUGACUGGACAAGGUACAGACAACAUUACAGGGCUAGUGAUGCACGAGGUCAAGGAGAUUGAGACUUGGAUCCUACGCCUGCUGAGUGCACCUGUACCAGUCCCGGGCAAGACACGUGUUGAGGUACAGGUGCUGCCAAAGGAUUUACAGCCCCCAUUGUUAUUUGCCCUGCCAGACCACACCCGGUUCUCCCUCAUCGACUUUCCCCUCCACCUACCCCUUGAGCUCCUUGGUGUAGAUACCUGCCUUAAAGUCUUAUCUGCUAUCAUGCUCGAAUACAAGGUGGUGAUGCAGUCUCGGGACUACAACGCACUCUCUAUGAGUGUGAUGGCCUUUGUGACCAUGCUCUACCCCAUGGAAUACAUGUUUCCAGUAAUCCCACUUUUACCUACCUGUAUGUCGUCUGCUGAGCAGCUGUUGCUUGCACCUACUCCUUACAUCAUUGGAGUGCCUGCUAGUUUCUUACCCUACAAAAAUGGUUUCAAGGUACCCGACGAUGUUUGGCUGGUCGAUCUUGACUCAAACAAGAUGACAAUGGGCAGGCUUGAGGACAUCCCACCAUUCCCUGAACCUGAAGGCACCAUGUUGAAAAACCAUCUCAGACAGGCUCUGGCUAGUAUGAGUAUGACACCACAGCCAAUCAAAAACCUGGAUGCCCUCGCUCAGAACCCAGACACCAUGAAAAGACGAGAAAGUUUCUCAUCACAAACAGGGUUCAAUCCACUGAUUUAUGGAAACGAUGUUGAUUCUGUUGAUGUGGCAACACGCGUGGCAAUGAUUAGAUUUUUCAACUCUUCAAAUACACUGGGAAAUUUCACAGAACACACAAGAACGCUGCGACUUUAUCCUCGACCAGUGGUGGCCUUUCAGAUGUAUAGCUUCUUAAAGUCUCGACCAUCUCGUACCCACUUUACCGCAAGGCUAGCACGCACACAGGCUGUUGAAUACUAUGCAGAAUGGUCACUGUGUCCAAAGAAUGUGGUGUUCCUUCGGGUACAAACCUCUGUAUUUGACCCACUUUUGAUAGGGGACAAGCCAAAAUGGUAUGCCCACCAGCUUCAGAGCUUGGAAUUUAAAGUGUAUGAUGACAACUCCUCACUCGGAGCAGCCGUUGUUUCCUCUAUGGAUCUUGUCAGUGAUGAUAAUCCUACAGAUGAGAGUGGCAGUGACAGUGAUGGAGCAGAGAGUACCAGUUCAUCCUAUUCUUCACUCAGUGAUUUUGUCACAGAUAUGGUCAACAGUGAAAUUGAUGGAGAACCUCCAUGUUUUGUACCAGAAAAUCAGGUGUUAUCUGUGGAUGAGUCUAAGGUUUACACUCCACCUAACAAGCUCCAUCUACCGGAUACGCCGGUAACCACAAGCGAUUCAGCAUUCUCAAUGCAGGAAAGUGAUCUGAGUAGUUCCGAGUCCUCCAGUCCGACAUACAGCAGGGAGAUCCCAGGGUCGGAGAGAGUUCCCUCAUGUGCUCGAUAAUGGGGUCAGUCAUGGGUCAGAACGGAUCUGUUUAAGUAUGACUCUGGGAAUGUCACCCCUACCAGUAGGUACCUGAACAGUCGCUCUGAGAGCGCAGGAUCAGCCAACAGCACACCAGAGUUGCCAAAGCGACCACCACUUCAGCCUCUCUCUCGCAGCAUCAAUUCUGCAUUUGAAGCUUAUGAGAAAGCAUCAUCUUAUCGACCGAUGGACAAAAACAAUCCAUUACCUGGCGUGGAUAGUAAAGGUGCUCCUAAUGGAGGAGGAUCUAGGCCUCGCCUUCCUAACAAGGACAGCCAAUCAGAUCGCGCCUCCACACCUUCCUCUCUGAUCUCAACUAUCAGUAAUGAGCUCAACGAUAUGGCACAGUCUGCCUCCAACACUAUGUCCGAACUCUUUGCGUGGGAUUCUGAUGAUGAGCGUGAGAUUGAACAGAGAUCAGACCCUGGCUCCACCAGAAGUCCACAGUCUCAGAAGCCUACCAAACCUUUUGCCCCAUUAGGAAACCGAAAGGCCUUAGUUGAAAAAUCUGGCCUUGUAAAGCAUGCCACUCCCCGCAAACAGAAGGAUACGUCUAAACAACCUGGCUCUGACUCCAGGGGUGCAUCCAACAGUGAGAACCAACAGUUCCUGAAAGACAUCGUCACAAAUGUACUCGAUGGACAGGGAGUCAGCUGGCUCAAACUUGGACGCAUACGAAGACUCAUGGAGGACGAAAACUAUCGAAACUUCAUUGUCAGCCGUCUGAACAAAAACUUGGACAAGAAACUGAACGAUGACACACAGCAUUUGGAGGAUGCAUCAAUGACAAAGCAAGUGUUCAAGGGGAUGAUGACCUUAGUGAAGGCCAUUGUACAUGGCCUGGAACAUACCUACCAAAACCAUGGUCUAGGGGGCAUGGCUAGCGCCUAUAUGGUGCUGGAGAUUGCCCACACUCACUAUUGGGCCAAGGAGAUCAUCCCAGGCACUGGCAGCAGUAACCGUAGCGACACAAGUGUCACUCCAGAGAUCAACUCUCCGUAUGGCAGUCACGAGAGUUUGUCAUCACGAAGUGAAGAUUCUCCCCAGAAGUCUGAGUCCCACAGUCUGCACGAAGAACAUAUGGUUGCUGCCCUUGGCUCUCACCGUGCCGGUUUAUUGCCCGCUGUAGGUCACACAUGUCCCGGCUGGACCCGGGCGGAGCGGCCUGUACCUACCCACUAUUCUGAUCACUCCACCUCUAGCAAUAGCACAGAGUCAGGGUCUCCUGUACUGGUAAAUGGUGAAGAGUUUGAGAACAUCGAGAUCCAGUCGAUGUCUUUACACCAGGGAAGUGUUGAUGCUGGCCACGCUACCGUGAUCACAACAGCGCGACAUCCAUUGGACCAGAACCGGAACACUGCCAAGUCCAACAAUCCAAACAAGUGUGACAUCAUCAUCACAACAGGAAGUGGGGUGAGCUCCGAGGCGGUCAUGUCCUCCAACUCCGAUGUGAUGCACCAGAUGGUGAAAAAUAAAGACUUGUUCGCAGAUGGCAAGCGUUUCAGUGUUGACUCGGAAAAUUCAGAGGCAAGUACCCUGAUGUCUAGCAGCUCAGAAACAGUGGGGGAGGAUGAAGGGCAGAGGAAAAAACGGAUAAACCAUCACUCCAUCAGGAGCACUUUGUCAGAUAGCGAGAUGGAAAUGUCAGGGAUGGUGAACUACACCAAGAGAACCCGAUCCCCGAGUACCUUUAGCAACAAGAGCAGUCUGAGUACUGGACACCGCUAUCCUGAAGGCAAGAUGUUGAGUACGUCUCCACUGCCCCUGAGUCCUGAGACUUCCCGUAUGUACCUAUACGAGGGACUUAUCACAAAAGACAGGUCACGGCUGUGGGACCAGAUGCAGUUCUGGGAGGAUGUGUACCUAGAUGCAGUUGCCCAGGAGCGUGACAUCAUUGGCAUGGAUCAAGGACCUGGGGAGAUGAUGGAGAGGUAUAACUCCCUUGGAGACAGUGAGAAAAAGAGAUUGGAACAAGAUGAGGACCGACUUCUGUCCACCAUGUUAUAUAACUUAGCUGGCUUUAUGGUCAUGAUGCGCUGUAACAAACAGGAAAUGAGGAAAAAGGUGCGGCGUCUGCUCGGCAAAUCUCAUAUAGGUCUAGCGUAUAGCACAGAUGUCAACAGUAUAUUGGACCAGGCGAUGACUAUGCAUGGAAAUGAAAUACCAUUGAAGCCUAUGGGAAGCCGUUUCAUGCAAAAACAGUCUUUCACUGUUCAUUGGGGGAGUGAUAAUUCUGGGGACAUGCUCUUCAUGGAGGUGUGUGAUGAUUGUAUCAUACUACGGAGUGUGAUGGGAGCCAUCUGUGACAGGUGGUGGUACGAGAAACUGGUCAAUAUGACAUACUGUCCUAAAACGAAGGUCCUGUGUCUGUGGCGCAAACAUGGUGAAAAGGUCCAGCUCAACCAGUUCUAUACUAAAAAGUGUCGAGAGCUGUAUUUCUGUGUCAAAGAAGCGAUGGAGAAGGCUGCUGCUAGAAACAAUGGAAAAAUUGCAGGUCCAGAACUAGGAGGAGAAUUUCCUGUGCAGGAUUUGAAGUCUGGUCAGGGUGGCCUACUACAAGUGUGCAUGGAGGGGAUUGGUCUCCUUUUAGCCAAUAGCAAGUCAUUUAUUGAGCUAGGUCGAAUCAAGAAAUGUUUCACGCAGAAAGGCGGCAUAUUUGUUCUAGAGGAAUUUGAUACCAAAAAUCGGCAAGUAACGUUGCACAAGUUCAAGUCCAGAAUGGCCAAUCCUAUAGCUUUGAUGAUACACAGAAUCUUUGCCGUCCAGCAUGCUAAGAUGAAGUCGCUCACUGAGCAAGAGGCAGCAGAGAGCUGACCAAAUCUGCUAUGCAGUCCUGUGUGUGUUUUCCUAUGUUGCUGCAGGAAUGGAACAACAACAACCACAAACCUCGUUGUUCCCUAUGCCUACACAACAGAGAAAACAG